AUGUGCUGCAGCAAGAGCACAGCCAAAAUGCGGACAAAUGGGGGCCCGAGGUGGGCAAGAAGGGCCCUGCUGCUCGCGACCCUCUGGGCCACCGCACACCUGCCUGCCCCAGGUGCCUCCCUGCCCCGGCGACCCCCGCGGGCCACAGGAAUUCCCUCUGGAGCCGGGGGCUGCUUCUUUGCAGGCUUGUGGACAUCUUGGGCUCUGAAAUGGGAAAAUGAAAUUGUACAGACAUUUUUUAAGACUCUACAACUACAUCCUAUUUGCAAGUGCUCUGUAAAUAUCCUCUUCUUAAACUUCCACCCCACCCUUCUUCUCGGGAAUCUUUCUUUGUGGGCUUGGAAUGUGAGACACCAGCAUCCUUCAAACUUCACCUCCUUUUCCUUCCCAGGAAAUACUACCCAAUGCAUUGUUUCUCCAUCCUCGGAGUUUCCUCAAGGUUUUUUCACGAAACAGGAACGAGCAGAGGGAGGCAUCAUCAUCUACUUCCUAAUUAUCCUUUACAUGUUCAUGGCUGUGUCUACUGUCUGUGAGGUCUACUUCAUACCUUCCCUGGAAAUCAUCAGUGAAAGCCUUGGAUUGUCUCAGGAUGUGGCAGGAGCAACUUUCAUGGCAGCAGGCAGUUCGGCUCCUGAAUUAGUUACUGCUUUCCUAGGUGUAUUUGUCACAAAGGGAGAUAUUGGCAUUAGCACCAUUCUCGGAUCUGCAAUUUAUAAUCUCCUCGGCAUCUGUGCAGCCUGUGGCCUGCUGACUAACACGGUUUCCACGCUAUCUUGUUGGCCCCUAUUCAGAGACUGCGCGGCAUAUGCAGUUAGCGUAGCAGCAGUCCUUGGCAUAAUAUUUGACAACCAAGUUUACUGGUAUGAAGGAACUUUACUGCUUCUGAUAUAUGGGUUAUAUGUUUUGGUGCUGUGUUUUGACAUUAAAAUUAACCAAUAUAUUACAAAGAAAUGCAGUCCUUGCUGUACCAGUCUUGCCAAAGCUAUGGAGGAAAGAAAUGAACAACAGCCACUGAUGGGAUGGGAAGAUGACCAUCAACCAUUCAUACGUCGACAAUCAAGAACUGACAGUGGAAUAUUCCAUGAAGACUCUGGCUACUCCCAGCUUUCUUUAAGCUUACAUGGUCUUAGUCAGGUUUCUGAAGAUCCACCAAGUGUUUUCAACAUGCCUGAAGCAGACUUAAAAAGAAUUUUUUGGGUAUUAUCCCUUCCUAUUAUUAUAUUACUUUUUCUAACCACACCAGAUUGCAGAAGAAAGUUUUGGAGAAACUAUUUUGUGAUAACAUUUUUCAUGUCUGCAUUAUGGAUAUCUGCAUUUACGUACAUCCUGGUUUGGAUGGUCACAGUAACUGGUGAAACACUAGGAAUUCCAGAUACAGUAAUGGGCCUCACUUUAUUAGCCGCAGGAACAAGCAUACCAGACACGAUUGCAAGUGUGCUAGUUGCAAGAAAAGGUAAAGGAGAUAUGGCAAUGUCUAACAUUGUGGGAUCCAAUGUGUUUGAUAUGUUAUGCCUAGGUGUUCCAUGGUUUAUUAAAACUGCAUUUGUAAAUCCAUCAGCUCCUGUAGAAGUGAACAGCAGAGGACUCACUUACAUAACCAUCUCUCUUAACAUUUCAAUUAUUUUUCUUUUUUUAGCAGUUCACUUCAAUGGUUGGAAACUAGACAGAAAGUUGGGAAUAGUCUGCCUAUUAUCAUACUUGGGGCUCGCUACAUUAUCGGUUCUGUAUGAACUUGGAAUUAUUGGAAAUAAUAAAACAAGGGGCUGUGGAGGUUGAUACUAUUAACAGUAUUAUGUGGAAAAUGUGGAUAAGGUGGGGAGGGCGGGGA